GUUAUCUAGAGACACUUCGGAUCUUAUCUCUAGGAGAUCCAGACUAUUGCUAACCCUGGACUCUUCUCACGGUGGCUUCCGCUGAUGCUGCAAUGAAUGAAUCAUCACUCACCGCUCCCAAGACGCCAGAUAGUUUUUUUCUUCGCGUAUCACACGCACUCAAACUCGGUCCCUACGAUGCUUACACACUACACCAGUUACCGGGGAACAAGAAAGUUCAAGCAAGAGUGUAUUGCCAGGCCCGGACGGGAUAGGACUUUCCCAUCAACGAGACCUGACUUGCAAGCUAAAUAGCUAAACAUACUAAGACAUGAAAGAACAGGACAGGACAGGUUAAGACAGAACAAGACACAAGAAGCUAGAAGUCUGCUUCACAAAUAACGAAAAAGGAU